UGAAGAUUCUCAAAUUUGGAGCCUUUGUCAUUUUCUAGCAGAAGGCAGAAGGAGUUGCGACUUGGUAGAAAGCAUGGCGACUGUGAAGGAGUACGGUGUGGCCGCCGGAAUGGUUUCAGCGCAGGUGGUCUUCGCCACCACGUUACUCCUCUCCCGCCACCUCUUCACCCACGGCAUGAGCUUCUACGCCUUCGUCUUGUACCGCCAGAUGACAUCAACCCUCGUCAUCUCCCCUAUUUUUUUCUACAUCAACAGAAGGAGGAGGCCUUGCGUUCGGUGGAAAAAUGUGAAGCAGAUCUUUCUACUUGCGUUUUUGAUAGUAACAUUGAAUCAAAUGUUGCAUAAUGCUGGUACCGCACUCACUUCCUCCAUCUUUGUCGGCACUAUGAACAAUCUCAUACCUUCAAUUACUUUCUUGCUAGCCUACCUGCUCAGAUUGGAGGAAUUAAAUAUAAUGAAAAGGGAUGGGCAAGUGAAGAUCCUAGGAAUAAUGCUAGGUUUAGGAGGGGCAAUGGUGAUGACCUUCUUCAAGGGCCAUCAUGAAAACCGACAUCUACAACAGUUAGGAUUAAACAUAGAGUCAUUUCCCUUGUCGCUAGUGCUCAAAUUCCUUGGCCAAAGUGGUGGUAACUUCAUAUUGGGAGCCUUUAUUGCCAUCAUUGGGUGUUCCUCCUGCUCAGCUUAUCUACUUUACCAGGAGACAAUAAUUGAAGAAUACCCUUGUAAACUCUCCCUCUCGUUCCUGAUCAACUUAAUGGGCCUCCUCCAGUGUGCAGUUGUUUCACUCAUAUUGGAGAAGCCCUCAGCCCUAAAUUUGCAGUGGAACAUGCAGCUCCUUCUCAUUGUUUGCAUUGGAAUUUGCAUGGGUGCAGAAAGAUUCAUCAUAAUAAUGUGUGUGAAGGCAAAGGGUGCAGUCUAUGUUUCAGCUUUCAAUCCCCUGAGUACAGUGAUAGUGGCCAUUCUUGAGCCUUUGCUACUGCAUGAACAGCUCACCUGGAGCAGCCAAAAAAUAGAAAUGAAAUGACACAUUCUACUUGUCAUUUCAUUCUCAUUCUGAUCAGUCCCAUUUCAAUCUAUUGCCCUCUAUAGUUAUGCCUUGAAUUCCUGAGAAUUUCAAGAUGAGACAAGGUACAAGCACAUAAUAAGUAGCAGAGUUCUUGGGUGAGCAUUUCUAUACUUUCUUAGUCGGAGCUUGGAUUUCGUCUUGGAUGAGCAUUUCUAUGCUCUGUUAAUUGUAACUUGCUUUUGUUUUUAAUUGUGUUUGAGUACUCUAAAUAGAAGCACCUUUAAAGAUUGAGUACGAAGUCAGUGUUAGUACAUAGUGAUUGGGUGCAAUUAUUGAAGUCUUGAGUCCAAAAUGUGUGAAUCAGAUUCUUUUAAUUGGUUGAAUAUAAGAGAUAAUUACUACCAGCAGAUUUGAGACUCGAAUCAUUCUCAUAGAAAAUUAGUCUGUGGAGGGGAACAAUAGGUGUCUAUGGGUUGUGCCAAAACAACCUGGCUUAGCCAGUUCAAAUAGAACCAUUUUUGGGUAAGAUCAAGCAUGACCUUGGUCAGUGCUGACCACAACGCACCAGAACAUGCAAUAAGGUAUCUUCAUAGCUUCCUUCGAAAGUAUCAAGAUCUACAAAACAAAUAAAAUUCUAGCAUGCCUGCUACAUUUUGACAUGGGAUUGGGAUCAUCCUAUAACAAUGGUGGUUUCUCUUCCUGGUUAGUGGUUUGUAAUUGCGUACUCUCUUUUAUCUUCUAAACAGUCUGCGGCAUCAAAUUAACCAAUGUUUUGUAGAUCCGAAGCUAGAGGGGGAGGAUGGAUAGAUGACUAAAAAUUUAUUCAAAUCUAUCAAUCAAAUAUUAAUCCAAUAUUAGUAGUGUGUGUGUGGCAAGAAUAAGGUGUCCAAUAGCCAAAGUAAAUUAAGUAUAAACUGAAGUUAAAAUUAAACAUCGCUAACACAAUCUUUAACAUGUUUGAAGAGAGGAACCAACAUGUUUGAGGCACAUGCACAUGCACAUGUUUAUAUUAUGCUUGUUCAUUAUACCCUCUUCUCAUACUAACAAAAAAAUAUAAUGAAUUAAAAUUUAAAAGAGAAUGAGAAAAUGAAUAUGAAGUGGGAGUGUAAGAUUGUGGUUGGAUGAGGAUGAAGAGUCAGGUAGAAGGAUAUUUGUUGAUAAUUUUAAGCUUUUUUAUGAUCAACCCAUUUAAGUCUAGCUACUUAUGUCGAGCCAAGCAGCUGUGCCAAUCCGACGCUCCUGAGAUAAAGGAGUAACAAAAGUAUGACCAAGCUCCAAACAACUUGAGAAAUCAAAAUACUCGUAGCUUGUAAGUUACAUGAACUAGAAGAAAUGCUUCUUUUUUUCCUCUUCUACAUCUCAUUGUGCACUUCAAUUGCUUUCUUAACUUUUUUUUUCCUCCCUUCUAACAUUUCUUAAAAGAAAUUUGAUGUUUCUGCUACACGCU